AUGGGUCCACAGAGAAAUAUUUUUGUGAACACACUUGAAGCUAUGAAAGAAGCUUUUAUCAAGAAAGCCGACUUUUUCUCAGACCGAGCUCAGAACAUAGUUAUAGCUCGUCAUGUUCCAAACUUUUUCCAUGGCAUCAUUUCCAGUUCUGGGUCCAACUGGAAAGCCCAGAGAACCACGUCCCUAGCCAUUCUUAGAAACUUUGGUAUGGGCAAAAAUAUGUUGGCUGAAAAAAUCUUAGAAGAAGUUUCUUUCUACACCAAAGAGCUGGCCAAGAAUAAUGGAAAACCAUGUGAUAUUCAUUAUCUGACUAAUAUGAGUGUCUCUAAUGUAAUAAGCUCCAUCAUAUUUGGGAAACGCUUUGAGUUCAAUGAUCCAAAAUUUAUAAAGCAAAUAGAAAUGCUUAAUGACCUAGUGAAGUUAAGCACUGGAGUUCUAGUCUUGAACUUUUUCCCUAGUUUAUAUUAUCUGCCUUUCGAUUUGUUCAAAGGCAAAAAGCUGAUACAAGUAUAUUGUGCUUUGCGCAAUUUUACAGAUGAGAUGAUUAGUGAAGUAAAAAAGCGUCAUGAUUCUGGAAAUCUAGACAAUUACAUUGUCGCUUAUAUUGAGGAAAUGGAGAAAGAAAAACAAUCAGGAGGACAAAACUAUUUGGACGAAUUAAAUUUGGCUCGCAACAUUGAGAAUUUAUUUGUAGCUGGUUCAGAAACUACAAGCACAACAAUAAUGUGGUGCCUGCUUUACAUGUUGCACUAUCCAGAAGUUCAACAGAAAAUUUAUAAAGAAUUAGCAGAACAGAUUGGAACAGAACGUCCACCGAACAUAACAGACAAAAGCAACUUGAAAUACUUGACAGCUGUGAUCAUGGAAGUUCAAAGAAAGGCCAGCAUUGUGCCCUUAAGUCUUCCUCAUCUUUGUAACAAAGACACAACACUUGCUGGUUACAACAUUCCAAAAGGCACAAUCGUAAUGCCCAAUCUGGACGCCAUUCAUUCAAGUAAAGAAAUCUGGGGAGAUCCUGAAAAUUUUCGCCCUGAAAGAUUUCUGGAUGACAAAGGAAACAUAAUAAAGAGGGAAGAACUCAUGCCUUUCUCUAUUGGCAGACGUAUUUGUCUGGGAGAAUCAUUGGCUAAAAUGGAGUUGUUCUUAUAUCUGUCCACUUUAUUUCAGAAGUUUGAAUUUCUUCCAGCAUCUCCGGAUAACGUUCCACCACUACAAGAUACUUGGGGCUUAGUUGCCGCCCCUGAACAUUUUGAAAUCAGAUGUGUAGAAAGAGAACAUUAA